GCGCGAUGCCAGUCUGAGCUGCGACAGUGGACCGGAGACAAAAAUGGUCAUUUUUGUGUUUCCUGUACCAAUGAAUUUGGUUAAAAAAGAAAAAUGAUUGAUUCAGUUUCAUCCACUAGGUGCAGAAUGAUGCUGAGCCACGAGGAGGUGUCCAUGCGUUAUGACAACGGCCUGGAGCACAACGAGUACAUGAUUCAGGAGGAGGAGUGGGACCGGGACCUCCUGUUGGACCCUGCCUGGGAGAAGCAACAGAGGAAGACAUUUACAGCAUGGUGCAAUUCCCACUUGAGGAAAGCUGGGACUCAGAUCGAGAACAUUGAGGAGGACUUCCGCAAUGGCCUCAAACUCAUGCUCCUGCUGGAAGUAAUUUCAGGUGAAAGGCUGCCUAAACCUGACAGAGGAAAGAUGCGUUUUCACAAAAUAGCCAACGUGAACAAAGCUCUUGAUUAUAUCACAAGCAAGGGUGUGAAGCUUGUUUCCAUUGGGGCAGAAGAAAUUGUGGACGGAAAUGUCAAGAUGACACUGGGCAUGAUCUGGACCAUCAUCCUCCGUUUUGCCAUUCAGGACAUCUCUGUUGAAGAAACCUCAGCCAAAGAAGGGCUCCUACUGUGGUGCCAGAGGAAGACUGCUCCUUACAGGAAUGUCAACGUCCAGAACUUUCAUGUCAGCUGGAAGGACGGCCUGGCAUUCUGCGCACUGAUACACAGACACCGGCCUGACCUCAUCGACUACUCCAAGCUCAAUAAGGAUGAUCCUCUUGGAAACCUGAACUUGGCUUUGGAAAUUGCAGAGAAGCACUUGGACAUUCCUAAAAUGCUGGAUGCUGAAGACAUUGUCAACACCCCCAAACCAGAUGAGAGGGCUAUCAUGACCUAUGUGUCCUGCUUCUAUCAUGCAUUUGCUGGAGCUGAGCAGGCCGAAACAGCAGCUAACAGGAUCUGCAAAGUUCUUGGUGUAAACCAGGAGAAUGAGAAGCUGAUGGAGGAAUAUGAGAGGUUGGCCAGUGAGCUGCUGGAGUGGAUCCGUCGUACCACGCCCUGGCUGGAGAACCGCACGCCAGAGAAGACCAUGGCAGCCAUGAGGAGAAAGCUGGAAGACUUCCGGGAUUACCGGCGCCAGCACAAGCCACCCAAGGUGCAGGAGAAGUGCCAGCUGGAGAUCAACUUCAACACUCUGCAAACAAAGCUGCGCAUCAGCAAUCGGCCUGCCUUCAUGCCCUCUGAGGGCAAGAUGGUCUCUGACAUCACCACUGCCUGGCAGGGCCUGGAGCAGGCAGAGAAGGGUUAUGAGGAGUGGCUCCUGAAUGAAAUUCGCAGGCUGGAGCGCUUGGACCACCUGGCUGAGAAGUUCAGACAGAAGGCCUCCAUGCAUGAGAGCUGGGCCCAAGGUAAGGAUAAGAUCCUGUCCAAGAAGGACUAUGAGUCGGCUUCCCUGAUGGAGGUGCGAGCCCUGCUGCGGAAGCACGAGGCCUUUGAGAGCGACCUGGCAGCCCACCAGGACCGUGUGGAGCAGAUUGCUGCCAUAGCCCAAGAACUCAAUGAGCUGGACUACCAUGCCGCACCCUCCAUCAACGAACGAUGCCAGAAAAUCUGUGACCUGUGGGACCAGCUGGGAACGCUGACCCAGAAGAGGAGGGAGGCCCUGGAGAGAACCGAGAAGCUGUUGGAGACCAUAGACCAACUGUUCCUGGAGUUUGCCAAGAGGGCAGCACCCUUCAACAACUGGAUGGAAGGGGCAAUGGAAGACCUGCAAGACAUGUUCAUUGUGCAUACUGUCGAGGAGAUCCAGAGUCUGAUGUCUGCCCAUGAGCAGUUCAAAGCCACACUUCCUGAGGCAGACACCGAAAGACAGGCCAUCCUCGGCAUCUACAACGAGGUGCAGAAGAUUGUCCAGAGCUACGGCAUCUGCUCUAGCCUUUCUAACCCCUAUACCAACAUCACACCUGAGGAAAUCCGCAUCAAGUGGGACAAGGUAAAGAAGCUGGUUCCUCAAAGGGACAGCUCACUCCAGGAAGAGCUUUCCCAUCAACACUCCAAUGAGCGUCUUCGCCGGCAGUUCGCAGCUCAAGCCAACCUCAUCGGACCCUGGAUACAAACCAGGAUGGAGGAAAUUGCUCACAGUUCCAUUGAAAUGGGUGGAACACUGGAGGACCAGAUGAACCAGCUGAAACAGUACGAACAGGUCAUCGUUAACUACAAACCCAACAUCGAUAAGCUAGAGGGAGACCACCAGCUCAUCCAGGAGUCCCUCGUCUUUGACAACAAACACACCAACUACACCAUGGAGCACAUACGUGUUGGCUGGGAGCUCCUGCUUACCACCAUUGCAAGGACCAUCAACGAGAUUGAGACCCAGAUCCUGAUCCGUGAUGCCAAGGGCAUCAGCCAGCAGCAGAUGAAGGAGUUUCGCUCGUCCUUCAACCAUUUCGACAGGAAGAAGAAAGGGAACAUGGAGAAAGAUGACUUCAGGGCCUGUCUGAUCUCCAUGGGCUACGCUUUGGGCGAGGCUGAGUUUGCACGCAUCAUGUCCCUAGUGGACCCCAGUGGGACCGGUGUGGUGUCCUUCCAGUCCUUCAUUGACUUCAUGACCCGAGAGACGGGCGACACGGACACGGCUGAGCAGGUUGUCGCUUCCUUCAGGAUCCUGGCUGGUGAUAAGCCCUACAUCCUGGUGGAGGAGCUGCGCAGAGAACUGCCCCCUGAGCAGGCUGAGUACUGCAUCAUGAGGAUGCCCCCAUACAACGGGCCGGACAAGGUUCCAGGAGCACUGGAUUACACCGCCUUCUCCAGCGCCCUGUACGGAGAGAGCGAUCUCUAAUGGCAGCUUACCUUGCCUUGCCUUGCCUUAUGUUGCUGUUGUUGUCCCCAUUUUGGGCCGAUUCCUUCUCCCAGGAACCUCAAAGACACCAUACGUAAAGAAAAUUACAUAUAUUAUGCAAUAGCAUGUGCAAUGUAAUUCAGUCACAUAUGUGUGUAUGUCACAUUACGGUACUUCACUAUGUAGAGAAUAUCUGUUAUUCCUGCUUAAGAAAGGCAACGAAAGUGUAAAAGCUGGCUUUUUAAGUGAACAAAUGGUUGGAAGGAAGUAAGAAUGGAGAAUCUCCUCCCCAAGUAACUUCUUUUUUACCGGUUUCAAAGAGUUGAGAGUGAAAUUCCUUGAGAAACACAAAAGUAGAAAGUUUGGCAACAAACCCAAUAAAGGGACUUUAAGAGUUUUUGAUCGAAGUUCAAGUGGAGAUAUUCAUAUAGAAAAAAUGUUCAGUACCCUUUCAAUAAUUAAUUACAUAUGCUCAAAAUGUAUUGGAAGCAUACAGUAUGAAAAGCACUGUGCUGUAUGUAUUGUGAAACAUAUGAAGAAUGUUUUUCUCCUAUAUAUGCAACCUGUGAGAGUGAAGGCCUUCCUGAUCAAAAGAGAAAUGUCUACUGUGUAACAUCAAGUGUGAUUUAAAGUGUUUGUGGUUUUUUGGUGGGUUUCAGACGAGCCAAAAUCAGCCAAUAAUUAAUGAAGAUGUGUUAAUAUUAAAACACAUUGUAAAAUAUAAACAGUUUGUACUUUUCCUGAGGUUCUAAUAUAAAA